UUUAGUAUCGUGCACCCUGCUGUGCAAUGACACUUCUAGUGCGUUAUAAGUCCUUGGCAGUUUAAUGUGUAGACUCGUGGGGCCGUUGUGGGGCUGUGCAGCCAGGAAACGGACUGGGAAAGUGCAGCUGGCGUUGUUUUGGUCGGAGGUGGGAGGAGUGUGAGUGUUCGGUAACAGCAGAUCUACAAACACUUUGCACUCACCCGACGCAUACAAACACCGAGGUUAUGUUGUUUGAAGGUCAGCGGGGCGCUUGAUUUAACUCUCCUCGACGUCCUCCAUAAAGAUUUUUCACCUAGCGUGUCCUCUACAUGGACUUCGCGUUUCCAACUUCCCCACCAGCCGUGGCGUCGACAUGGACACAGUCGCUUGGUAGUUGCAGGGCCAGGUUUUCGCAUGGCCGGAGCUUGCUGCAAGUGUCCAGUCUCUCUCUCCGUGUUCAAGCGCUCUCUGUCAGUGGCCGCCCCGCGGGGCUGCGGCUCCGCUCCUCGGUCCCUCCUGCAGGGCUGGAGGCUCGGGGAGCGGGGCCUGCACGAGGCCGCCCGACCCUCCAGCGCCCUCAGACCCGCAGGCUUCCACCGACAAACCGUCUUCCUCUGUCUCUCUUGCCAGGAGUCCAUGAGCGUGAGUCUUAGGACCUGUUACCUAUACCUGAACCAGACCAGCCGCAGCUUUGCAGCCGUGAUCCAGGCUCUGGACGGAGAGCUGAGACACGCCGUUUGUAUUUUCUACCUGGUGCUCCGCGCGCUGGACACAGUGGAGGACGACAUGACCAUCCCCCUGGACAAGAAGGUGCCCAUGCUGAACGACUUCCACACCUACCUUUAUCAGGACGACUGGUGCUUCACCGAGAGCCAUGAAAAAGAUCGCCAGGUCUUGGAGGAUUUCCCCACAAUAUCACUGGAAUUCAGAAACCUCGCUCAGGAAUACAGAGACGUCAUCUCGGAUAUCUGCCACCGGAUGGGAGUGGGGAUGGCUGAGUUCCUGGAGAAGAAAGUGGGAUCUAUGAAGGAGUGGGACAAGUACUGCCACUUUGUCGCUGGUCUAGUCGGCAUCGGCCUGUCACAGCUCUUCUCGGCGUCCCAGUUGGAGGAUCCUGAAGUGGGCCGAGACACCGAGCUGGCGAACUCCAUGGGCCUGUUCCUCCAGAAAACCAACAUCAUCCGGGAUUAUCUAGAGGACACGCAGGAGGGACGUCACUUCUGGCCACAAGAGGCCUGGAGUAAGUUCGCUGGUCGUCUGGAGGAUUUUGCCCAGCCCGAGAAGCUGGAGUGUGCUCUGUCCUGUCUCAACCUGCUGGUCACUGAUGCUCUACGACACGUCCCAGAUGUGAUCACCUACCUGUCUCGGCUGCGCAACCAGAGCGUCUUCAAUUUCUGUGCAAUUCCACAGGUGAUGGCAAUAGCUACACUCUCUGCGUGCUACAACAACCCCAUGGUGUUCCAGGGAGUGGUGAAGAUCAGAAAGGGGCAGGCCGUCACCCUCAUGAUGGAAGCCACCAACAUGGGGGCAGUGCAGACCAUCAUCACCCAGUACAGCCAGGAGAUUUUACAGAAGGUCACCAUCACUGACCCGUCACGGGACAAGACCCUGCACAUCCUGACUAUAAUCCUAGAGAAGUCCGCCCUGUCAAAGUCCAGCCUCGCCACCAGGACACACCACCUGUCUCCCAUGUACCUGUCUGCUGCCAUGCUGCUCGCCGCUCUCAGCUGGCAGUACCUCAGCACCACAGCGGCACAGACGCAAGGAGCCGGCGAGGGACAGUGAACCCAUUCACCUUCACCUUUCCCGGGAUAUAUAAACUAAAGUCGCCCCUGUGUACACUGUGGAGUUCCAGUUCUCCUAUGACUUUGGGAAUCUGAAGCAUUUUUUUCCCCCCACUUUGCUGUUUGAUUGUGGCUGUUUUACAGAACCACGGACACACCUAGACUAUGGUGGGGGUUCUGGUAGCACACUGUCAUUAGCUUAAAUUGUGGUAGUCCAUCCUGUGUCCGGUUAAACUGUUUACACACAGUUUUGUGUGGUAAUAUUCACCAGCAUAAAUGGAAAAUCGAAGUAAUUCAGGGUGUUUUUUUUUGUGUCAUUCAAUAUUUAUGUUUCUUUUUUUUUCUUCUUUUUGUUUGAUUAGUUUACAACUAUUAGAGUUAUUAUUUGGAUUGAUUACAUUUCAGUUGUUCAACAUUUUUAUUUUUCUGGUUUAAGUUGAGUGAAAUGUUGAAAGGCCCAAGACAUGACAAUGCCAAUUUUUUUUUGGGAUUUUGGGGAACACGGUAACCUAACUUCAUUAAGCUUUUUGUUUAAUUCAGUCUCAGAUGUUAGUUUUCUUAUUUCUCGUGUCGUGUUGCUAUGUCUGUAAGGGAGAAACACUUGAAGGGGUAGGUCGGUCAGUGUAUCAUGUACCACAGUGUGGAGAUGCAGGGAGGAGCCCAAAGGUUCAUUAGAUUAAAACAAGGCCCAGCUAAAAAUGAUAAUACUAAGAAUAACAUAUGUUACGUAUGAUAUGUACCGUAUCAUAUCAGAAGAUGAUCGAUGCUUCACUGCCAGAUAUUCAAGCAGGAAACUGAAGUGUUUAUGUCAACAUAUGCUCUUUUCAGAUCUACCAAACUCCAUUGGCGCUUGACAAUUAUCUUACCUUAGAGUACACAGAUGUUGCUGCUAUAGACAAAUAGAUAAAAAUCUAUAUAUAUUAUACAUAUAAUAUUCCAUAUAAAAGAAUAUAGUAUGUACAUAUAUAUAUGAUAUGAAAAUAUGGGAUAUAUGAAUUUGGUAUUUAAAAAAAUGUUGUGUGCUAACAUAACAAAGUCUGUGUAGCUUGGCGGCUUUGAAGAGAGUGUUAUAGCUGUUUAUUUGGAUUACUUCACACAUCCCCACUACAAAAAAAAAAAAAAAAAGAGUUACACCAGUGCAGCGUGUCAGCACAGACGUCGAGAACGACUUCAACUCACCGUAGAGCUUCGUUUCUGCACUUUUAAGUUUGAAUUUCGGUCAAAGGAUGUGCAAUACCAAUGUGGACUGUUGAGAAGACAAAUAUAUUGGAAGAACAUUCGAUACAUGUAUGUAUUCUCCAUUCGGAAACAGCACUUCGCGUAUUGCUAGCUAAGUGUCCUUAUCACAGCUUUGGUGAGUAGAAAGGCUAGCGCAGAGUAACCUUGUACAGAGCCAAAGGAGAGCUACAAACAUUGCUAUGUAAUGUGACAUUGAUUUGUACAUAUUUGAACUAAUAAAGAGGCGAAAAAAUUGAA